AUGAGCAUUUUUGACAUCUUCAAGGGAAAGCUGCAGCGACAACUGUCCAUGGGCGAGUAUACGAUGUUUGAUUAUGCACCAAUGUUUGAGAGCGACUUUAUCCAGGUCAGCAAACGAGGAGAGGUGACAGAUCUGCACAACAGAGGCGACCUGGUGACUGUGGGCAUCGUGUGCACCAGCCCCAAUCUCGGAGUACCAGAUGCCAUGCUGCUGGCACGACCAAUUUCGGCCAGUGACAAACACACCAAGUGCAGCUGUACCAGCGCUCAGAGGAAAAGGCGGCAGCUGCUGGAGCUAACCAGGCUGCUUCCGCUUAAGUUCGUUCAGCUGUCCGUCCACAACUCUGCGAGGCAGCAGCUCUGCCUGAAGCUUGCGACUGGUCGCUCUUUCUACCUCCAGUUGUGUCCCUCUUCAGACGUGCGAGAAGAUCUUUUUGCGCACUGGGAAGAUCUGGUUUACCUCCUGAGACCACCAGUGGAGGCUUACAGUGGGACCCUGGCUGUGCCUGCUGGGGAUGUGAUGAGCAUACCUGUAUUUGAGGAAGAAAAGGACAGCCGCCUAGCAGUAAGUCUGGAAAACUGUGAGGAAGAGCAAGAAAUAGUCAGCAUUAGGAGCCUUCACAUGGAUCCUGAUCUAUUUGGGGCCAUUGAUGUCAUGGAAGAAGAAAUCCAGCUUAAUUCCUUUCACAUAAAGUACAUUCAAGAAAGAACAGAUUCCCAGUCAGACAGAAUGUAG